GGGUGCAGUACUACGAUGCCGCUGGGGUCACUCAAAUCCCCAGAACUGAACCUCUACUCCAAUCAAUCCUCUUUGGUGAAGACAAUUAGUAGAACAUCCACUUCAGAUAUGAACAGGACGUCUUGCAUAUUUCUUCGCACAAGGCGAUUUUGUUGUGAGUUUAUUCUGCGUGAGAACUAUAAAACUAAUCAGGGCAAACGCAAUUUUAGAACGUACAGGAAUAAAAUGGCAUUGACAGAGCAAAUUCCGUUUUCCAAGGACUUUCUGUUUCGUCAAUUUUUCGAUCCAAUAUCUAGUACUUACACGUACCUUUUAGCGGAUGUGACCGAUAAACAAGCGGUUCUGAUAGAUCCCGUUAUCGAAUGGGCAGAAAGAGAUGCAACAAUAAUAAAAGAAUUGGAUUUAAAAUUAAUUUACGCACUAAAUACUCAUAUGCAUGCGGACCACGUAACGGGUACUGGAAAAUUGAAAGAGUUACUACCGAAUUGUCAAUCUGCUAUUUCAAGAACUAGUGGGGCGAAGGCGGAUUUAUUACUCGAUCCUGAAGAUAGAGUGAAAUUUGGAAGACAUGAAUUGCUAGUCUGUCCUACACCAGGUCACACUGAAGGCUGCGUGACAUACGUCUGUAGAGAACAAGGAAUAGCUUUCACUGGUGAUACUCUUUUGAUUCGUGGGUGUGGAAGGACAGACUUUCAGGGAGGCUCGCCACAAAUUCUGUACAAUUCCGUGCACUCUGUAAUAUUUACACUUCCUGAAAACUUCCGCCUCUAUCCGGCUCACGAUUAUUCCGGAAGAACAGUUACUUCCGUCGCUGAAGAACGCAAUUACAAUCCAAGAUUAACGAAAUCUCUCGAUGAAUUUGUCAGCAUAAUGGAAAAUCUCAAUCUCCCCUAUCCUAAAAUGAUCGAUAAAGCUGUACCAGCGAAUCGAGUUUGCGGAAUUUACGAGCUCAUGGAUAAAGAAGAGAAGGAUUGAUAAUUAUCCAAUUAUCUAGUCCACCAAUUGUGCAUUACAAUUGUAUAAAUAUAAUCUAUAGAACAAUUUAUUUUCCAACGAAUAAUUUGCUGGACUUUUGACCGGUAGAUUUUUAUCAAUCGAUUGUGCAAUCUAUCUAAAAAUAAUUGACCAAUUUAUUCUAAAUACCUGAAGAUUAAUUGGUAUAAGUUUUUUUACAAAAAGCUUUUAUUCAUUUUAAUAAUUAGAGGUGACGGUAUUAAUUGAUAAAUUAAUGGAUGUAUUAAUUAAGGAAGAAUGAGCCCUUGUGUCAAAAAUAUAUACAAUUCCAAGGA